AAACAAUUAGAUGGAUUAAUUCUGGUUCAUUUUGAUACUUUAAUUCAGUGAAUUUGAAUUUACCAGAUUUUUGGGUGUAUCUUCUUGUCUUCGUUACUCUUUGGUUAUCUCACUUUCUCUCUUUUUAUUGUUCUCUGUCUGUGUUUCUCUUUCUUUCUUUCUUUCUUUCUUUUCUCUUGUUUAUUGUUUUGAAUUUUGUUCUUUUCCAUUUUUUUAUGUUUAUUUCUUGUUUGAUUUUGUAAGAGAAAAAGAAAUGACCAAACAAUUUGAUGAUUCUUUUGAUGAUUUAUUCUGUGCCACCGAAUUGAUACCUGAAAGAAAACAAUCUCGUAAAGAGCCAACAAGUCAUUAUGUGGAGGAGUAUCUCAGAACAUUCAAACAUGAGGAUUACUUGUUUAAAUUGAAAAGACAAUCGAUUGAAGUACAAUUGAGAAGCUGUCGUUUUCGCAGUAUCGCCUGGAAGGUUUUUCUUGACUGUUUACCAGACCGAUCUGAAGAUUGGGUGUCCACUACUCGUACAUUUCGAGAAGAAUAUCAAGCAAUUCGUGAUAAAUAUGAUACGAAUCCUUACCAACAUUCUAAUCAUAAUUUUGAAGAAAAUAAUCCUCUCUCUCAAAAAGAAUCGAGUGUUUGGAAUAAAUAUUUUCAGGAUAACGAAUUGAAAACAACAAUUACUCAAGAUGUUGUCCGAACCUUUCCAGAGAUUGAUUUCUUCCAGAGUAAAUCUAUGCAAGAGAUGAUGUGUAACAUAUUAUUUCAUUUCGCCAGAGAAAAUCCUAAACUCGCCUACAAACAGGGCAUGCAUGAACUUUUGGCUCCAAUACUGUUUGUAGUUAACUCGGACCAACAAGCUUUGCUUCAUGCUAAAGAUUUGCAUCUUUUAGAAAACGCUGAUGAAUCGAUUCGUGAUGAAAUUGAAGAGCUUCUUAAUCCUGAUUACAUCGAACAUGAUACUUAUGUUAUGUUCCGUCAAGUGAUGGACACCGUUGAGCCUUGGUACAGUCAUGAGAUGAUUUCCUUUAAAAUGGAUUCCAUUAAUUUCGAGCCUUUUUCAACCUCAUUGGAACCAAGUUCAUGUUCUGUCUUAGGAAUUAAGUUGAGAUUCAUUAACGAGAAGAUUUUAAAACGAGUUGAUCCCGAACUAUAUUUUCAUCUAUUCAACAUGACAAUCGAACCUCAAAUAUUUGGAAUCCGUUGGUUAAGAUUAUUGUUUGGUCGUGAAUUUUGUCUCCAAGAUCUUCUAGUCAUCUGGGAUGCCGUUUUCUCGGAUGGAAUUUCCUUCUCUCUAUGUGAUUACAUAUUUGCUGCUAUGUUAAUUGUUAUUCGAGAUAUUUUACUUUCUAGUAAUUACUCACAAUGUAUGAACCAUUUAAUGCGAUAUCCAAGUAUUCCCGAUACUCAAUUUAUCAUUGAUUUGGCUCUUCAUCUUAGAGAUCCCGUUAAUUACUCUAAGCCCCGUGGAUUUACAGUUGAGUGUAAUUCUAUAGAAGUUAAACCAAGUCCAAUUCACGUUGUUCUUCCUGAAAUAGUUGAACAAAGAAUAGUUCAAUCGGCAUCAAAUGCAUCAUUAUCAUCAGCAGCUCGAGGGCCACAGGCUAAUCGGAGCUCUGAGUCGUCUAAAAUUCUGAAUCGUCCAAAAACAUUACCCAUACAUCAGGUUAAUUUCACAAAGAAUCAAAAUUCAGCUCAACAUCAACGGCCUCUCAGUGUUAAUGAAAAACAACAACAGAAUCAACAAUCAACAUCAUCCUCACAAAGAUCAUCAAACGGAGCAUCAGCAUCUCCCACUAAAGUUGUAGAUCACCCGUUGGCCAAUCCACUCUUCUCAGACGAUGCAUCUUCGUCAGGAUAUUCACCAACUCAACCUUCAUCUUCGGGAUUCCCCUCAAUGAUUACCAAGAAAAGAGCUCAAGAAAUGAAAGCUUUUGGUAAACAGACUAAUCUUAAUGGCAAAGAAUUAGAUUAUUGUUGUGAACUAUUAUCCGAUCAGAUUGAGAUUUUACAGAAAAAUUUAGCUGAUGAAGAGCUGAAAAACAGUGAUACAAUCUUCUUGUCAAUCGCUAAAUUGAAAAUCGCUCGAGAUUUCCUGAAAGGAACAUUAAAAUUAAAUUAAUUUGAUUAAAACAAUCAAUCCAUCAUUAAUCUCAUUCGAACCCUUUAAUUUCUAAUUUGUAUAACAUUUAAUGGAAGAAAAAAAUACAAUCAAGGUGUAAAUUUUUUAUAAAAAGAAAAUAACAUUUUCAUUAUCUAAUAUAUUUUUAACUAUUUCCACUCUAAAUUGUGUUAACAAUUUAAAAAUCAUUUCUCUAAUCAAAUCAAGUAAAUCCUAAAUAAAAAAACAUCUAGUU